GUCCCCUACCCGUUAAUUUAGGUAUUAUAAUUUCUGGGCUCCCCCAGAUCGUGGGUUAUUUUAAUAUUUGUUAGACGAAAAAAUGGAAGUGUGGUAGUGGAAGAGGUCAGAGGCAAAACGGCAAAUCUUUCUUUCAAUUUUUUCAUAUUCUUUUGUUUUUGUAGUAACAAUUAACAAAAUAAGCAGCCUUUCCCCCUUUCCCCCUCUCUUCUUUCCUUUUCUCAACUGUCUUUCUCCAUUUCUUCGAUCAAUUUCGCCUCUUCUUCUUCUUCUUCCUUCUUCCUUCUUCCUUCUUCUUCCAUCUAGUACCUUCCAUCAUCCCACAAAGCCAACAUUCAACAUUCAACAUUCCAAACCCCCAACCCCUUUUUCCUUUUCCCUUUUCUCUUUUCGUUUCUCUUUUUCUAGUAAUGCCUUGUUUUGUUUCCCCUUUGAUUUUCCAUUGCAAUCGCUGACUUGGGUCUUGAUUUCCUACUGGAUCUUCCUUUUCAAUCUCGAUUUCCUCGAACCAGCAUUCUCUUUUGAUUUUCCCUCGUUUUGACCGGAUUUCGGUUUCAUUUUAUUUAUUUAUUUUUCUGGGCCGGGAUUGAUUCCACGGAUUGUUGAGGCGUUAUUGAAGUUUGCGAUGUUGACCUUCAGAGUUUGGCUUUGAAGUAAUAUGGAAGUGGUUGUUACGCGCAUUCAAAAUGAAUCUUUACAUUGGUCGCGAAGCGUCAAAGGUAUGGAAAAGAUUCUGCGCAGAGAUUAGUACGGAGAUCAGCCUUCUUAUCGAGAAUUGGAAGUACCUUCUUGGUGGACUUAUUUUUCAGUACAUACAUGGAGUUGCUGCUCGAGGAGUUCACUACAUACAUCGGCCAGGUCCAAUUCUUCAGGAUGUUGGUUUCUUCCUUCUCCCUGAGUUAGGACAGGACAAAGCUUACCUCAGUGAGACUCUUUUCACAUUCAUAUUUCUAUCCUUUGUUGCGUGGUCUUUUCACCCUUUUAUUCUCAAGAGCAAAAGGAUCUAUACAGUUCUCUUAUGGUGCAGGGUUCUAGCAUUUUUAGUCGGUUGUCAAAUUCUUCGUAUCUUAACAUUCUAUUCUACACAGCUGCCUGGUCCAAACUAUCAUUGUCGUGAGGGUUCAAGACUUGCCACAUUGCCUCCUCCGGAUAAUGCCUAUGAAGUUCUAUUGAUGAAUUUUAGUGGUGUAUUAUAUGGUUGUGGUGAUUUGAUUUUUUCAUCACACAUGAUCUUCACUCUUGUUUUUGUCCGAAGUUAUCAGAAAUAUGGCACACAAAGAUUUAUAAAGCAAUUGGCAUGGUUGCUUGCUGUGACUCAGAGUUUGUUGAUUAUAGCAUCCCGCAAACAUUACACCGUAGAUGUUGUGGUUGCAUGGUAUACUGUUAAUUUGGUGGUCUUUUUCGUUGAUAAGAAAUUACCAGAGUUGCCUGAUCGAACAAAUGGGGUUGCACUAUUACCAUUGAGCACCAAAGAGAGAGAUACCAAGACCCGAGAUGAGAGUCACAAGCUCUUGAAUGGGAACUCUGUAGACCCCACUGAUAGGAGGCAGAGGACUCAAGUAAAUGGCAAGAUUCCCGAAGAUGGGAACGCUGUCCAUGUUAAUACCACGAUGAAUGGGGCCUAGUAGCACAAACAACAGACCUGCUUGUGGAGGAUUGUUUAUUUCUUACAAUGUAGACUAAUGGCUUUCCUUGCGUGUGGUUGGCUCCUUUUCCCAAGACUGGUAAUUUGUUAUAUAUCCUAUUUUAUUGGGAAAUGCAGUAUUUAGAUUUACUUUCUUACCAUCCCAUUCCUUUGUUUUAUUUUUUUCUCUGAAAUUUGCCAUUUGGAUUUGGCAAUUAAUUUAGGCAGGAAGUUAAGAGGAUUGCAUCUUCUUCUCUUCUUUUAGAUGGAUCAAGUAAUUAACGUCAUCUAACCUAGUUCAUUGGUUUAGAUCAUUUUGAAUUUCACUUCCUUAGUUUUCUGUAAAAAUUUUAAUGACCAUGAAGUCGUCAAAAUCGACACCAUUUAUAGAUUACUGAAAGUUUUAUGUUUUUCAAA